AAAAAUCACAUUAAAUAAAACAAAGCCACUUAAAAUCUACACCAGCGAAGACCCUUAAUCAGCUUUAUGAGACUCAACCUGCUUAAUUAAUCCUUAAGGAACGACCUUAUCUGAACAUUUAUACACGACACCCACCCUUUUAUAAACUCAUGACUAAAGUCCCUCUUUGCCCUUGUAAGUACGCCACCAGAAUCUUUGGCUUCAAGUAAAAUACAUGAUAAUCACUAAUAGGAAUUCAAAUCUCUUACACCCCCGACAAUUCUCUUAUUUAGUCAAUAUUUAACUAAAAUAUUGGGUUUAUCAUUUUACUCUAUAACAAGUAAUUCUAAGAAGAAGCAUUUGUGAGUUGUUAAUUUCAGAAUCCAAUUCUAAAAGACAUGGUCUAAACACGUUGUAGGUGAAAUUCAUCUAAACACAAAUAGGUAUAAUGUAGAAAAUGAACAUUGUCGUGUGAUAGAAGUAUAGAAUUUUAACAAAGUUCAAGUCAAUCCUUGACUUAUUGUAUAUAUUGAGUUUCGAAUUUCAAUAAUUUAAAGAUGUUCAAUAACAAAAAAAUAUAUAUAGCAAUAUAUUUCAAUAGUAAAGUGUAGAUUUAAGAGGAAAAUGGAAACUAGUCUCAUAUGAACAAAACUGAAAGGGUGUAAUUUAGUCUUCAAAGUCACAUCAACUCGCAGGUACAAAGUAUCUUUGUAACGAAGGAGCAGCACUCCUAACUCACACAUAAAGUGGGUUGGGUUCAAGUUCAAUGUGAGUGACUUGAAGUCAAUUCUUUAAUUUAUUUCCACACAUAAGAAACAUUACAGGAAGGGAAAUAGGGAAUGCGUAUGUAUCACUUCAAGAGACUUCAAAUUAAAUGCUUAUAAAAGAAACAUAUCUUUUUUUUUUUAUAAGGCUUCUAUAUAUCAAGUACCUUCUACUUCAAUCUUUUAUAAAAGACACAUAAUGACUCUAAUCAUGUUUCUUCUCAGUGUUGUAUCACAAAUACUAGUGUACAUGACCCCAGAAACUACAAAUGCUCUUGCUUUGAGUUCAGAGACUGAUAAGCUUGCUUUGCUUGCAUUCAAAGAAAAGCUUACAAAUGGCGUGCCUAAUUCUCUGCCAUCAUGGAAUGAGUCUUUGCAUUUCUGUGAAUGGCAGGGUGUUACAUGCGGCCAUCGCCACAUGAGAGUCAUUUCCUUGCAUUUAGAAAAUCAAACCUGGGGUCAUAGUGGUUCUCUUGGACCAGCCUUGGGAAAUCUAACCUUCCUCAGAAACCUCAUACUUACAAACCUCAACCUGCAUGGUGAAAUUCCCAGAGAAGUUGGUCGUUUGAAACGGCUGCAGCUACUUGACUUAAGCAUGAACAAUCUUCAGGGAGAGGUUCCUGUGGAGCUUACUAACUGCUCAAACCUUCAGAAAAUUAGCUUUUUGUUCAAUAAGCUCAGUGGAAAAGUUCCCUCAUGGUUUGGAUCUAUGAGGCAGCUCACUAUGCUGCUUCUUGGUGUUAACAAUCUAGUUGGUACUAUCCCACCUUCCUUGGGAAAUCUUUCAUCACUCCAGAACCUAUUACUUGCCAGAAAUGGUUUGGAAGGUAGCAUACCUUAUGAAUUGGGUAGGUUGUCAAGUUUGAAAAUCCUGAAUCUUGGUUCAAAUAGUUUAUCAGGUAUGGUUCCUCAAUCACUUUACAACCUUUCAAACAUUCAAGCUUUUACUCUAGGGGAAAACCAAUUACAUGGCCCUCUUCCAUCAGAUAUACAACUUGCCUUUCCCAAUCUUCAAUUAUUCUUGGUUGGGUCGAACCACUUCACUGGAACUUUCCCGUCUUCCAUAUCCAACCUUACCGAAUUGCAAUGGCUUGACAUUGACUCAAAUGCUUUAAAAGGGCCAAUACCUCAUUUGGGAAGACUUAAUAAACUUGAGAGGUUUAACAUUGGUGGUAAUAGUCUUGGGAGUGAAAGAGCUCACGAUUUGGAUUUUGUUUCCUCAUUAACCAAUUGUACUCAACUGGAAGUGCUUAAUUUGAGUGGAAAUAGAUUUGGUGGUGUGUUGUCAAAUCUUAUAGGCAACUUUUCUACCCAACUCAGAGAGCUUACCAUGGAUCAAAAUCAAAUUUCCGGGGUCAUACCUGAAGAAAUUGGAAAACUGGUACAUUUAACUUCCUUUACUAUCAUAGAGAAUGUGCUUGAGGGGACAAUUCCACAUUCAAUUGGAAAGCUUAAGAAUCUAGUUAGAUUGGCCUUGCAAGAAAACAAAUUAUCUGGUAACAUUCCUCUUGUUAUUGGAAAUCUUACAAGGUUAUCUGAACUAUAUCUUCACACCAAUAAAUUUGAAGGAACCAUUCCAUCUACCCUCAGAUACUGCACUCAGUUACAGUCAUUUGGUGUUGCUGAGAACCACCUAAAUGGUGAUAUUCCUAAUCAAACAUUUGGCUAUCUACAAGGUUUAGUAGAGCUUGACUUGUCCAACAACUCACUCACUGGUCUCCUUCCUUCUGAGUUAGGUAACUUGAAGCUUCUUUCAAUAUUACAUCUACACAUAAACAAGUUGUCAGGUGAAAUUCCUAUGGCACUGGGUGCUUGUUUGGCAUUAACAGAGCUCGUGCUGGAGAGGAACUUUUUCCAUGGAAGUAUACCUUCCUUCUUAGGCUCUUUUAGAUCCCUCGAAUUCUUAGACUUUUCACACAACAACUUCUCAAGCACAAUACCCCAUGAACUAGAAAACCUGACAUUGUUGAAUAAUUUGGACUUUUCUUUCAACCAUCUCUAUGGUGAGGUUCCCACAGGAGGGGUCUUUAAUAAUGUCAUUGCAAUUUCACUCCUAGGAAAUAAGGAUCUAUGUGGGGGGAUACCUCAACUAAAGCUUCCUGCAUGCUUGAGGCCACACAAGAGGCAUCUUAAAAAGAAAGUUAUCCUCAUCAUUGUAAGUGGCGGGGUUUUGAUGUGUUUCAUUCUACUUAUCAGUGUCUAUCAUCUCAAGAAAGCUCCCAAAAGCCCAUCUUCUCUACCAUCUCUUCAAGUUCAAGAUAGGUUCUUGAAAGUUUCUUAUGGAGAGCUACAUGAAUCAACCAAUGGGUUUUCUUCAUCCAAUUUAUUAGGCACUGGAAGCUUUGGUUCUGUAUACAAAGGAUCUCUUCUCCAUUUUGAAAGACCCGUUGCAAUAAAGAUACUGAAUCUCGAAACAACCGGGGCAUCAAAGAGCUUCACGGCAGAAUGCAAGUCUCUGGGAAAGCUGAAGCACAGGAAUCUUCUCAAUAUCCUCACUUGUUGUUCAAGCACUGAUUAUAAAGGUGAAGAUUUCAAGGCUAUUGUUUUUGAGUUCAUGCCUAAUGGGAGCCUAGAAAGCAUGUUGCACAGCAAUGAACAAGUGGAGUCUAGAAAUCAAAGUCUCAACCUUACACAAAUGUUGAACAUUUCUCUUGAUGUAGCUCAUGCAUUGGAUUAUCUUCACCAUGAUUCCGAGCUAGCUGUAGUACAUUGUGACAUAAAGCCAAGCAAUAUUCUUCUAGACGAUGACAUUGUUGCCCACUUGGGAGACUUUGGGUUAGCAAGGCUCCUUCAUGAAACCACGGGGGACCCUAGUAGACAUCAAGUUAGCUCUUCUGUGAUUAAAGGAACCAUUGGAUAUAUUCCCCCAGAGUAUGGAGAGGGUGGUCCAGUAUCACCACAAGGAGACAUCUACAGCUAUGGGAUUCUUCUGUUGGAGAUGCUAACUGGAAAGAAACCAACAAGUAGCAUGUUUUGUGAGGAUCUAAGCCUUAACAAGCUGUGCAUGAUGGCAAUCCCAGAAAGAAUCAACGAGAUAGUGAAACCAAGCUUGCUUAUCCCAUUUGCUGAUGAACAUAGAAGGGUGGUUAAAGACAUCAUUAGGGAGUGUUUAGUGUGGUUUGCUAUGAUUGGAGUUGCAUGUUCUGCAGAAUUACCUGCUCAUCGAAUGGCCAUAGCAGAUGUUAUAGUCAAGUUGCAUGCAAUUAAAAAGAAGUUGCUCUGCCCUCGCUAG